GCGGCGGAGAGAAAGGCUCGAGCAGGAACAGCAAAGGGCAGAGCAGGCGGGCAAGAGGGGCACACGGUGGCCGUGUCACCGCCCGGCCCCAGGAUGGUGCUUCCCGCUGGCGGGCACGCGUAGCAGUCGGAGAUGGCCCCAGACAUGUGGCUCUUCCUUGUGACCGCUGGAUCGCUGACGGCAGCCCUGACAGGUCCUCUGUCUCCAGCCCCUUCUGGCCAGCCCAACACCAGCACCACGGAGACGGGGCCCUUGGAACCAGGGGAGCAGCUUGGGGUGCGCCUGGUGAACGGGAGCAGCCGCUGCAGCGGGACAGUGGAGGUCCUGCUCGAAGCGUCCUGGGAGCCCGCGUGCGGGGCGCUCUGGAGCGACCACGCCGCCGAGGCCGUGUGCCGCGCGCUGGGCUGCGGCGGGGCGGGGGCGGCUGCACAGCUCGCUCCGCCGACCCCCGAGCUGCCGUGGGGACCCGCCGCGGGGAACGCCAGCGAGGCCCCUAACGCCACGCUGGCCGGGGCGCCCGCCAUCCUGUGCAGCAGCGCCGAGUGGCAGCUCUGCGACGUGGUGGAGCACGUGUGCAGCCGCGACGGGAAGCCCGCCUGGGUCACCUGUGCAGAGAACCGCGCGCUGCGGCUGGCGGACGGCAGCGGCCCCUGCGCAGGCCGCGUGGAGAUGCUGCAGAGCGGCCAGUGGGGCACGGUGUGCGACGACGCCUGGGACCUGGAGGACGCCCACGUGGUGUGCCGGCAGCUGGGCUGCGGCUGGGCAGUCCAGGCCCUGCCCGGCUUGCACUUCACGCCCGGCCGAGGGCCCAUCCACCGGGACCAGGUGAACUGCUCCGGGGCCGAGACUCACCUGUGGGACUGCCCGGGGCUGCCAGGAGACCACUACUGCGGCCACAAGGAGGACGCGGGCGUGGUGUGCUCAGAGCACCAGUCCUGGCGCCUGACCGGGGGCGCUGACCCCUGCGAGGGGCAGGUGGAGGUGUACUUCCGUGGGGUCUGGAGCACCGUGUGUGACAGCGAGUGGUACUCACAGGAGGCCGAAGUGCUCUGCCAGACCUUGGGCUGUGGAACCACGGUGGAACAGCCCAAGGGGCGGCCGCACACCUUGGCGGGCAGGAUGUACUACUCGUGCAAGGGCAGGGAGCCCACCCUCUCCGACUGCCUGUGGCGCUUCAACAACUCCAACCUCUGCAGCCAGUCGCUGGCAGCCAGGGUCCUCUGCUCAGGUUCCCGGCGCCUGCACAACCUGUCCACUCCUGAAGGCCCUGCAAGUGCUCAGCCGGUCACUGUAGAAUCUUCUGUGACAGUGAAAAUGGACGACACGGAAUCUCUGGAGCUAAUGCUCCUCAUCUCCUGCAUUGUUCUGGGAAUUCUCCUCCUCGCCUCACUCAUCGCCAUAGCCUUCAUCCUCUUGAAAGUUAAAGGAAAAUACGCCCUCCCUAUUAUGGUGAACCACCAGCACCCACCCGCCACCAUCCCAGCAGGCAUCAACAGCUAUCAAGUGGUCCCCAUCACCAUCCCCAAAGAAGAAGUUCCCAAGCUGCCCAUGCAGGUUGGGGCCCCCGCCCCCGAGGACUCGGACUCCGGCUCAGACACAGACUAUGAGCACUAUGACUUCAGCGCCCAGCCUCCCGUGGCCCUGACCACCUUCUACAAUUCCCAGCGGCACCGGGUCACAGAUGAGGAGGCCCAGCAGAGCAGGUUCCAGAUGCCUCCCUUGGAGGAAGGACUUGAAGAGUUGCACGUCUCCCAUGUCCCAGCCGCCAACCCUGGGCACUGCACUGCAGACCCCUCCUCCCUGAACCCUCAGUGUCACCCAAGGAGCAAUAGUGAGUCCAGCACAUCUUCCGGAGAGGAUUACUGCAAUCACACCAGCAACAAGCCGCCUCCGUGGAAUGCCCAGGUGUUCUCUUCAGAGAGGAGUUCCUUCCUGGACCAGCCCCCGAACUUGGAGCUAGCCGGCUCCCGGACAACUUUUUCAGCAGGGCCCUCGGCCGAUGACAGCUCCAGCACUUCGUCCGGAGGGGAGUGGUACCAGAACUUCCAGCCGCCGCCGCCCCAGCCCCCGUCGGCGGAGCAGUUUGGGUGUCCAGGGCCCCCCAGUCCCCAGCCUCACUCCACUGACAAUGAGGACUACGAUGACAUCGGAGCAGCCUAGACUGGGUCCAGCUGAGGCCCCUCAGUGGCUGCCCCCACUCCCGGCCUCCUGCUCUACCUACUGGCCCGCCCUGCCCCGCCCCCACCCUCCCAGGUCACCCCCAUGGGGCUGAGACGUCCCCCCGCCCAGAGGGACGGAAGAAACUCCACACCCUGUGCCCCUCGGUCUCCCUCCAUGACCGAACUUGCUGGCACAGCCCUCUCGGCCCGAUGAACACCCCAGGGUGGAGGGAGCCGCCUCCACGAGGAGUGAGCCCUCUGUCUCUGGAUAGACAAGCAGAGUCUGGUGGGGCGUACUGGACUGGACUCCUGAAGCCAUUUCUGACCCUCGGGGGUCCGGUGCUUUGACCCCCAAGUCUCCGACAGCUCAGGGCCAGAGGUGCUGGGAGGGGCAGCUCCUGGUGUCACCGCAGGAGCCCCUGUACCGGGGCUGUGGGGCU